GGGCAGCUUCGGCUUCCCAUUGGCUUCAGCCGGCAGAGAGCACCGGGAGCCGGCCGCCAGCUUGGCUGAGGGCACAAGCGCAACGGGGUGGAAGGGGCGAAAAAAGCCCAAACCAACUCAAAACACGCAGGAGCAGCUCUGAGACCCGCAGGUGCUCCCGCGAGAGCGGGACGGGGUUGAAGGGGAGCCGUCAGGGCAGUCCCGACAGUGCGGCGGCCCCGUGAGCCCGGUGCCGGGCUCGCUGCGAGGCCAUGGGGAGGAUCGGGCUGCAGCUGCGCGCUACGCUGGAGAACAUCACCCGGCUGCGGGCCGAGGGCGAGGACUUCCGAUGGUACCUCAAGCUGAAAUGUGGGAACUGUGGUGAAGUUUCUGAGAAAUGGCAGUAUCUGCGAUUGAUGGACAGUGCUCCCCUGAAAGGAGGCAGAGGAAGUGCCACUAUGGUGCAGAAAUGCAAGCUGUGCUCCAGGGAGAGCUCCAUUGAUAUUUUAAGUCAGACAAUCAAGCCUUACAAUGCUGAAGACAGUGAGAAAUUCAAAACGAUAGUGGAGUUUGAAUGUCGAGGUCUGGAACCAGUUGACUUUCAACCACAGUGUGUUUGCAGGCAGGGUUUGCUGCUGAAGGUGCAGAAUCUGGCACACCUUUCAAUGACAUAAACUUGCUAGAAAAGGAUUGGAAUGACUAUGAUGAAAAGACAAAGGAAUCUGUGGGGAUCUAUGAAGUUACCCAUAAAUUUGUAAAAUGCUGAAGCCCAUACCCCAGUAAAUCCUGACAUGCUUAUUGAUGAAGCUCUAACCAUCUGAGACUCAAUUUCCUUGCAGUUACUUUUCACAUGCCUGUACUUCAGGAAUGGAAACCUAAGUUGUACAUCCUGUCCCCAGCAUGCCCUAAUAAAAUAUUUUCCACAGAGCACAUUAA